AUGUCGUUAUUAAGCAAUGUAAAACGGAGGUUCUCCGGAUUACUUCGUACUCAAUCAGAGGCAGAGCCUUCACCGAACCCUGAAGGACCAACAGAAGUCGCAGCGGAAGAGGCUGCACAAAAUGAACCGGCCGAAGCCACAGCUCCAGAUACCGUGUCGGAUUCAACUGUUCCAGAAGAACCGACUCCCAGUAACUUUCGAGACGACAUCUUCAUUCAAAGUAGACGUAUGUUACCCAAACCUAAAUCAAAUUUUCUUAGGAUCUUUUAAAAGGACAACCGCUGACGUGCUCAAGUUGAGUACGAUCAUCGAACCGGUGAUCCAUGACAAAGACACUCGCCACCUUGCUUCUGUUUACACUGCUAUCAAAACACAGUCCGUCUUCAACAAGGUCGUCCUCAUCGUCCUAGGAUGGCUGUCUGGAGUUACGGUAUUCCACUCCGUAGUCGCCUUCUUCGUAAUUAAUAAUUCCGAAGCCAUUAAGUCAUAUCAGCAAGUCGGCGCGUAUGUCCAAGCCGUCUGUAACUUUUGUUUUUCGCUUUUUGUCAUCAGGUGCCUUGACACGUAAGUACAAAAUACUCUGUAUAUAAGUGUUUAUAAUAGUAAUGCAAGACAAUUAAAAUAAUUGCCGUUUAGGCUAGAGUCAGGUGCGAAUGUGAGGGAGACCUUGUCCAAGAUCUUAUCCAUGCAGAAGGAAGUGCUGGUUCUUAUCAUCGCCUUGUUCGGGUUCGUAUGCUCGACGCUGAUUGUGAGUUACGAAGAGGAGGCCAUGUCGAAGGACGUGACGUCUUUAAUUAUCUGGAGAUGGCUAAGUGCUGGCCGAGCACUAGCCGCCCUCACUGGGUGGCUAAUAAUUGGGUUGCAGCCUGGAGUUGAUUGCACAGAACAGCGUCUUCUCAAUGUUACGGUAUGUUUGCGUUGGUUUUUAUUUAAUUUGGCCAUACAAACAGAAGGCACACGAGGAAAAACAAGACAAAGUCGUGGAAAGUAGUCAUGAAAGGGCGUUGUCAUCACUCACCAACUCCCGCUUCGACCUUGACUUGGACAACCCCUCCCUGGCCUAG